UUGACAUAACCUUUAAGGUUAAGAGAAUUCGCUAAAUUAGUCAAGGAAGAAUUGCCGGUAAAAAUAGAAAGAAAACAAAGAUAAGGGAAAGUUAACAAAGUAUUUAUUAACAGAAUGGAUGCAGGCGGAGACCGCAUCUAUUCAACACAACUUGCCGUUAUUCGAGAAGUAUAUGACAGCGAAUUUGCUCACGAUCGUUUUGCUCAGGAACUUGAAAAAGCUUUAGAAGCUCAUUGUAAUAUUAUUGUUAUUGAACCUAAUCCCUUGGGAGAUGAAACGGCUCGUUGGAUCACUGUGGGCAAUUGUUUACAUAAAACUGCAGUUGUAUCUGGUUUAGCAUCAAUUGUAACAGGUUUUGUUUGGCCUGAUUGUGUAUAUACUUAUUUGCCGUUUACUGUAUUUUCUGCAGUUUGUACCUCAUUAUACACAAUUUCAUGGCAAUUUGAUAAUUGUGUAAAAUAUCAGGUUGAAAGAGAUCGUCAAAAUCUAUCUAAAUUACAGGUGAACGCAUUGUAUGUUGGUUCACCUACAGUUUUAGUUAGAAAAGAUGAUACGCGUAGAAAAAUUUUGCAUUGUAGUAUAACAUUGGCAGCAACGGUGAUAUGUAUCGUUAGAUUGUAUCGUAUGUUCUAAAAGAAAAUAAUUCAAAUUUAAAACAAGAUAUAAAAGUUUAGUAGAGAAACGCAAUAAAUUUAGAAAAAAAGGAGUAUUUUUGUGAGAAAGCAUUUGAUGAUAGCGCAUUUAAAAAUUAGAUGUUUUAAAUUUAAAAAGACAGAAGGUUUUAAUUGGUACAAGUUUCUCUCUCCAUUUAUUGAACGAAAGGAGCUUAUGGAACAAAAAAAUUAUGAAGGAAAAAAUGAGCCUGACUUAUCUCUGUUGUGUAAACAGAAAUGUUAAUUUAUUGUUUGUUGUACAGGUUUUUUUUUGUAUUAGUACUUCCAAAGGUCGGUGAUCAUAGGGAAGGAUAGCAACACUUAUUAUUGUUAUCAGUCGAAAAAUUAUUUAAUAAAAACAAUUUUUUUAAAAUGAAAUUUUUAGUUUAUAAUAAUAUACAGUAAAAAAUCGUGGAUGGCGAAGAUAAGACCUUAUCUUUCGCCCUUAGGAAAAGGGGUUAAGAUCACGCGGUUUCUUUGUCGAUUCUUAAUAAUAAUUUGGAUGAAAAAGUUAUUAAUAGAAAUGAAUACAGGAUGUGAUGUAAAGUUCAUGUAAACAAGUAAUGCGUAUAUUUAUCUACUUAGGUACAAUUGUUGCAAAAAAGUGUAUAUAAUGUAAUGUUUUAACAGAAAAUAAUACUUCAUUCAAAAAAUAAAAAAAGUACAAAUUCUAA